AUGGAAUUCCAAGUGAGUGACCGUGUAAUGCUAAAAGUGUCCCCUUGGAAGGGUAUUAUCCGUUUUGGAAAGCGUGGGAAGCUAAGUCCCCGUUUCCUUCGACCCUUUAAGGUUUUGGCUAGGGUGGGACUUCAAGCUUAUAAACUAGAACUAUCACCCGAAAUGGCCAGGAUCCAUAACACAUUUCAUAUGUGUUACCUUUGCAAGUGUUUGGAGGAAGAAAAAAGUGUGAUACCACUUACGAAAAUUCGUGUGGACGAGGACAACCGAUGUGUUGAAGAACCGGAAGCCAUCUUGGAAAGAAAGACCAAAGUGCUGAGGCACAAAGAGGUUGUUUUGGUAAAAGUUCAAUGGAAGCAUCAUCGAGGAUCAAACGUAACAUGGGAAGAGGAAGAGGAUUUGAAGAGAUGUUACCCCCAACUUUUUGCGUAA